UCGAAAUAGCAAGAUGGCGGCGCCCAUACAGACCUGAAGCCUCACGCUGUUAAGCGCUGAAUAAACCGAGCGAAACUUUAUUUCUCAGUUUAAUCUAAAAGCCUUCUACCGCCUCAUUCGCAGCAUUUGGAGGGUUUAAAAUGUAUCCGGUGGUCUUUGGCAGUGCGAAAUGAUAGCUAUCUUACGUAUUAAUAACAGCGCCGAACAGUGGCUGGAUAUAAGCCUGAAGUCAGAAGUAUAACGCGUUAGUUUAGUUUAGAUACAGGGGGAGCGAGGAGUCGUAUUCCCGGCUGUUUGGUCUCCAGCGCCGCUGAUGAUUCUGAGCACGCUGAGGUGCGCGAGGGUGCUGCAGCUCACCCUUGCGGUCAUCAAACCGGACGCUGUUGCUCAUCCUCUCAUUCUGGAGGCUCUUCAUCAGAAAAUUCUAGAGAACAACUUCUUCAUUGUCAGAAAGAAAGACUUGAUGUGGAGAAGAAGUGAUUCUGAGAGGUUUUAUGCAGAACAUGAAGGACGGUUCUUCUACCAGCGACUAGUUGAAUUCAUGUCGAGCGGUCCAAUGAGAGCUUAUAUCCUGGCCAGAGAGGAUGCUAUUGCCCGCUGGCGGGAGUUGAUGGGUCCAACAAAAGUGUAUCGGGCGCGAUACACCUCACCAAGCACCAUUCGGGCCCAAUAUGGGCUCACUGACACCAGGAACACCACUCACGGUUCAGAUUCAGAGGAGUCAGCCCAGAGAGAGAUUGCCUUCUUCUUUCCGGAAUUCAGCAUCGAGCAGUGGCUGGAGAAAGAGGAGCCAUGCUUAAGGGCGGGGCAUAUGGAGUAUGAUCAGCAGAGACAAAUCCAUAACCCACUAAAACAUACUUGACUAUCCCGCUGCCUUGACCAAAGACUGAACGAAUGGCCAUAAAGACCCAAGUGCUUUUCUUGUUCCCCGUUAAUGUGUUACUGUUUGUCACAUUGCUGUGCCGUCAUCUCGGAUUCAUGUGAGCACUCACACACUUUUGCUAUUACAUUUUUAGAUGUGGUGUGUCAUUUGUCGUCUUCACUGAUUGUCCAGAACACCUUGUUCUUAGCUAAACCAGAAUCAGUGUGGAAAAGAACUUAAUGAUCAUAAUGGUCCAGUGGAGUUUUCUGUUAUGCAUUCUAAACAAAACAGCACAGUCAUUAAACGGGCAGUUAAACACUGGCCCUUAUUCAUCAAUGUUGCAUAUGAUCGAAUCUGAUUGUGCAAUAAGCGCAUACAAAUUUUACUGAAAGUUUUUCGAUUUUAUCCAUGUUAUCUUUGGUGUAUCUGUGCGAUUAAACUCACGUCUGUUAUGAGUUUGAGUAAAUUUGGGUGUAAUACUUUAACAACUAGUUAACUGACCAAACCAUAAUCAUUUCAUCCGUAAUACCAAUAAAAGGGAAAAUAAAAUAGAAAAUAACAAAAAUACUACUGAUUUGUGCACUAUAAUCCAGUACAAAAAUGGAUGCACUUAUUUUAUAUGCACGGCUAUAAAAAAAAUUGCAAAUAUUUUGUUUGUUAUUUUAGGAAAAUAAUCAGAUUAUUUUAUCAUCUA